AUGUUGCCGGUGGUGAAGUUUUUCUGGUUUAGUUGCUUGCUUUUAGUUACCAUAGUAACUACCAGCUAUGCCAAUGCUAGUAAUGGAUUGCUCUUAAGAGCCGAAGCACCUAUUGAGUUGACUCAAUGUCCAGUUUAUGAUGAUCCCAAUCAUAUAGUGAUGCUCCCCUAUCCUAACGACUGUCGCAAGUAUUAUACCUGUCUGAAUGGUCUUGGUUACGCUCAUCAGUGUCCCGAUAACUUUUAUUGGAGCCAGCUAACCUAUCGCUGUGAUUUCAAGCAGUACUCUAAUUGUGACAAGUCUAUUGAUCCGUCAGAACCGAUUAAACAACAUGAACACUACAGCCCCUAUCCGGGAGAUUGCAGUCGGUACUACAAAACACAAACUCUGAGCUGUCCAGAUAAUUAUCAUUGGAAUGCCCUGAGUCAGCGUUGUGAUCUGCCUCAAUUUGCGGGUUGCUUAUCGCCGACAAGUUCAUCUAUCAUUCCAUCUUGGAACAACAAUUUUACUCCGAUUGUUCCAACUGCAGCUACUCCGCCUACUUUAAUUCAGACGACAGUACGACCUGGUCAUCGUCUACCAAUAAAUCCUGAAUAUCUAUGCAUAAAUGCUGUUGGAAUGAAGUAUCUGCCAUAUCCCGGAGAUUGCCAAAAGUUUAUUUACUGCGGUCCAACAACUAAUGUGCUCUAUUGUCCCGACGGCUUAUAUUGGAAUCGGUAUAGUCAAUCUUGUGAUAUAUCUAAUUCUGGUUGCCAGAAAGGUUGAUUAAUAAUAAAAUCCAAGGAAUGUGCGUUAUAUAACAA